AUGGGGUGGGCGACUCCCGACGACGCACCACGGGCGGCGGGAGCACGCAUAGGGGGCCAAUCAGGGGGCGGAGAAGUCGAGUUGCAAAUCUCCCUGGAUUCUACUAUGGGGUCUAAUGCCGAUGAAGCAUGCCUUUCUCAUACAACAGCGGCUGUGAAAAGCGGGCAAGAGCUUGGAUGUUCAACAGAGACUUGUUCCCUUUUAGCCAAGCCGGAAAACGAGAACCGAUAUCCGUCAAGAUGGCAGGCACUACUGGUGACCAUCAGCCUUUGCCUGACAACCUUUUGCGUUGCUCUGGAUGGAACUAUCCUUGCCACUGCAAUCCCCCGAAUCACCGACGAAUUCCACUCCUUGUGGGAUGUGGGAUGGUACAGCAGUUCGUAUAUGUUUGCCAUGACAGCGACACAGAUGAUGUGGGGGAAAUUUUACACAAUACUCCCCGCCAAAUGUGUGUUCUUAUGGAGUCUAAGCAUCUUUGAAAUUGGCUCGCUCAUCUGCGGGCUCGCCCCAUCCUCUCUUGUAUUGAUCACGGGUCGGUGCAUCGCAGGGAUCGGGGCUGGGGGUCUGAAUGCUGGAGACAUUGUCAUUGUCACAAAUACCAUUCCUUUACGAAUACGGCCGAUAUAUUUGGGGCUAAUACAGUGUAUUCAUGGGGUGGUGAGUGUAGGCGGGCCUCUGCUCGGGGGCGUUCUGACGGACCAUGUGUCAUGGCGAUGGUGCUUUUACAUCAAUCUGCCUUUGGGAUUCGUCACCCUCAUCUCGAUCUUUUUGUUGCUGUCAAGUAAUAAGCCCCCAUUGAGCCAUCUGAGUCGAAAGGAGAAGGUUCAGUCCAUGGACCCGCUAGGAUCGGUAUUCCUCAUCCCCGGAAUCGUCACGUUGCUGCUAGCGCUCCAAUGGGGAGGAUCACAAUAUGCCUGGACUGACUGGCGGAUUACUCUUCUCUUCGCUCUGUCUGCUGUCCUGUUGACGAUAUUUUUAAGAGUUCAGGUGUGGGCUAAAGAUAGAGCCACGCUGCCGAUACGCCUCAUUUGCAAUCGAAAUAUGCUGGGCAUUCUCUGGUACGCGUUCUAUAACAGCGGGGCGCUGAUCAUCUUCACCUACUACCUGCCGAUCUGGUUCCAAGUUGUCAAUGGAAUCUCUGCUACCCAGUCGGGCCUCAUGAGCCUGCCUACCGAGCUGGGGUAUGUCGUGUCAUCACUAGUCGGAGGCGUGCUCGUUACAUUGGUGGGAUACUACACACCGUUUCUCAUUGUAUCAUCUAUGGGUUCCGCCAUUGGUGCUGGUUUGCUUAGCACGUUGCACCCCUCCUCGGGACUGGGCCCAAUCCUAGGGUAUCAGGUCGUGCUAAGUGCCAGCGUCGGCAUUGGAGCCCAGAGUGCAAAUCUGGUACCCCAGGUGGCAGUAACACCUGAAGAUACCACCAUGGCCAUCACGACAUUCGUGGUUAUACAAUCGCUCUGCAACUCCGUCUCCUUGCCUCUUGCGCAGAGUGUCUUUCACAACCGCCUACUGCACAAUCUGCGGGUAGAUGCUCCGUCUGUGGAUCCCUUGAUAGUUGAAAUGUAUACCACGCGGCUCCGACAGAUUCUGCCGCCGAGGUUGCUAAGGAUAGUGCUUGAGGCAUAUAGCCGGUCAAUUACGCAAACUUUCUACGUUGGAGUGGCAAUGUGUGCCUUGUCUUUUUUUGGCUCUGCUUCUCUAGAUUGGGAGUCUGUGUGCGAAGAGAGACCUGUGGAGUAG